AUGGCCGCGUGCGGCUAUAACGUUCUGUGGCUCCUCAAGAUGUCCACCUUAGUCUUAGGACUCGGCCUGCUUUUAUUUACGUUCAGAAGUUUGUACCUUCAGGAAGAGUCCAGACUCCAGCCAGUGCUCCCUCGUCCGGAUCCGGCUGUCCAGAUGCCAAAGCUUCUGCCGGAGGGACGGCUCAGGUCCCUCUUUUCCUACGACGGCGUCUGGCUGUUCCCGAAAAACCAGUGCCGCUGUGAACCCAAAGGCCAGGGCUACUACAACUUUGAAGGUGCCUAUGGCCAGACAGACCUCCCUGCGGUGAAAGCCAGGAGGCAGGCUGAAUAUGAACACUUUCAGAGGAGGGAAGGGCUGCCCCGCCCACCGCCCCUGCUGGCUCCGCCCAACCUCCCCUUUGGGUACCCGGUCCACGGGGUGGAGGUGAUGCCCCUGCAUACAGUUCCCAUCCCAGGUCUUCAGUUUGAUGGACCCGAAGCCCUCGUCUAUAAGGUCACACUGACAGCUUCUCUGGGGACACUCAACACCCUCACCGACGACCCAGACAGUGUGGUGCAGGGCAGAGGCCAGAAGCAGCUGACCAUUUCCACCAGUGACCGAAAGCUUCUGAAUUUCAUCCUCCAGCACGUGACCUAUACCAGCACGGUGUACCAGCACCACAAGGUGGAUGUGGUGAGUCUGACGUCCGAGUCCUCGACAGCCAAGUUCCCAGUGACCAUUCGCCAUCCCGUCAUACCCAAGUUAUAUGACCCUGGACCAGAGAGGAGGCUCAGAGACCUGGUGACCAUCGCCACCAAAACAUUCCUCCGUCCCCACAAGCUCAAGACCAUGCUCCAGAGUCUUCGUGAGCAUUAUCCAGACUUGACCGUGAUCGUGGCUGAUGACAGCAAGGAACCUUUGAAAAUUAAUGACAGCCACGUGGAGCACUACAUCAUGCCCUUUGGGAAGGGCUGGUUUGCUGGCAGGAACCUCGCCAUAUCUCAGGUCACCACCAAAUACGUUCUCUGGGUGGACGAUGACUUUCUCUUCACCAACCAGACCAAGAUUGAGAGGCUGGUGGACGUUCUGGAGAAAACGGAACUGGAUGUGGUGGGCGGCAGUGUGCUGGGAAACGUGUUCCAGUUUAAGCUGCUGCUGGAGCAGAGUGAGAACGGGGACUGCAUUCACCGGCGGCCAGGAUCUUUCCGGCCCCUGGACGGCUUCCCCAACUGCGUGGUGACCAGCGGCGUGGUCAACUUCUUCCUGGCCCACACGGAGCGGCUGCUGAGAGUGGGCUUCGACCCCCGUCUGCAGCGAGUGGCUCAUUCAGAGUUCUUUAUUGACGGGCUCGGCAGCCUGUUCGUGGGCUCAUGCCCAGACGUGAUUAUAGGUCACCAGUCCCGUUCUGAGAAGAACCUGGAGCUGGCUGCCCUGGAGAAGACCUACAGCAAAUACCGGACCAACACCAAUGCCCAGAUCCAGUUCAAGCUGGCUCUCCACUACUUCAAGAACCAUCUCCAGUGCUCCACGUAA